CAGAUGUAGGGAGAGAUCAUCCGCUCAGCUGAUAGGAAACAACACCUUCAAUCCUUCUUAGGACGCGACAGAUCUGAGAGUUUCCAACUUACAUCACAGGCUCAGGAUAUAAAGAUUUAAAGAUAUAAAGGGUCCAAAAUGUCUCCUAAGAUCAAAGCUGGUUCUGUGGUUGAGAUGCAAGGAGAUGAGAUGACCAGAGUUAUAUGGGAGCUCAUAAAAGAAAAACUCAUCUUCCCGUACUUGGAGCUUGACCUGCACAGCUAUGACCUGGGAAUGGAGAACCGUGAUGCCACCGAUGACAAGGUGACGAUAGAGGCAGCGGAGGCUGUGAAACACUACAAUGUUGGCAUCAAGUGUGCCACUAUCACGCCUGAUGAGAAGCGUGUGGAGGAGUUCAAGCUCAGGCAGAUGUGGCGCUCUCCUAACGGAACAAUCCGGAACAUCCUGGGUGGAACUGUUUUCCGAGAGGCUAUUAUCUGUAAAAACAUUCCCCGCUUGGUUCCAGGCUGGAUCAAACCUAUUAUCAUCGGCAGACACGCACAUGGAGACCAGUACAAGGCCACAGAUUUUGUUGUGCCUGGUCCUGGGACAGUUGAAAUGUCUUACACACCCAAAAAUGGAGGAGAGCCGCUCAAGUUUGUUAUCCAUGACUUUGAAGGUACAGGUGGAGUUGCUCUGGGGAUGUACAACACAGACAGUUCAAUCCGGGACUUUGCCCACAGCUCUUUCCAGAUGGGGUUGACCAAAGGCUGGCCGAUGUACCUCAGCACCAAGAACACCAUCCUGAAGAAAUAUGAUGGCCGCUUCAAAGACAUCUUCCAAGAGAUCUAUGACAAAGAGUACAAGGCUCAGUAUGAGGCCAAAGGAAUCUGGUACGAGCAUCGAUUGAUUGAUGAUAUGGUGGCACAGGCCAUGAAGUCUGAGGGAGGGUUUAUCUGGGCCUGUAAGAACUAUGACGGAGAUGUGCAGUCAGACUCUGUAGCUCAGGGUUAUGGGUCAUUGGGUAUGAUGACCAGCGUGCUGGUGUGUCCAGAUGGGCGCACGGUAGAAGCUGAGGCUGCCCACGGCACGGUCACACGACAUUAUCGUAUGCACCAGCAGGGCAAGGAGACCUCUACCAACCCCAUCGCGUCUGUGUUCGCAUGGACGCGAGGGCUGCUGCACCGGGCUGAGCUGGACAGGAAUACAGAGCUGCGUGUGUUUGCUGAGGCACUCGAGGCUGUUUGUGUCGAGACCAUUGAAGCCGGUUUCAUGACCAAGGACCUGGCCAUCUGCAUUAAGGGCAUGUCUAAUGUGGCACGCUCGGAUUACCUCAACACCUUUGAGUUCAUGGAUAAACUGGCAGAGAAUUUGAAGAUCAAGAUGUCAAACCAACCCAAACUGUGAAGCUGUCGGGUCACACACACACUGACUGGACUCUGGUACCCCUCUUGUCUCCUGUCUCAACUGGGACCAAAGACUGAAGUUUUGGACUGCACCAUCCCGACCAGUAGAGGGAGCGAGAGCACUUUCAGCUGGAGGACAUGACGUGUCUUUUAAAAACUAAACAGAAACAUGCUUUUCAUGCAUAAAGAAGUGUCCAUAUGUAGGAAAUAGUUUUAAAUAUUCUAACAAUGCUUUUAUUUUGCCGUUCUUCCCAGGUAGUGUAUAAAUAUUUGUAAUAACACUUUACAGUAAGGUUAUAAGUGUUAACGUUAGUUAAUGCAUUAAAUAUUGUGACAUAAUAAAGACACAUUUGUUAAAGCACUUAUUAAUCUGUUAAUGUUCAUUUAUAAAUAUACUAUAUAAUGUUAAUAUAUUACACUUUUAAUAUUAAAAUGCAUUCAUAUAUGUAGAUAAAUAAAAAAGAUCAAUAAAUGCUAUAAAAUAUUGUUCAUCGUUAACUAAUUUUUAUGUAUAUAACAUUAUUGUGAAGUGUUGUUUUUUUAUUUGAUUUUUUUCUAAAAUUUUAGUGCAGGUCCAGCCUGUUAAACACUUCAACACCUGUUGCCUUGUGUGUGUGUGUGUGUGUGUGUGUGUGUGUCUGUGUCUCUCUCUCUCUCUCUCUCUGUGUGUGUGUGUGUGUGUGUGUGUGUGUGUCUCUCUUUCUCUCUCUCUCUCUCUCUCUCUCUCUCUGUGUGUGUGUGUGUGUGUGUGUGUGUGUGUGUGUGUGAGUGAUUUGUGUGUGUGUGUGUGUGUGUGAGUGAUUUGUGUGUGUGUGUGUGAGUGAUUUGUGUGUGUCUGUGUGUGUGAGUGAUUUGUGUGUGUGUGUGUGUGUGUGUGUGUGUGUGUGUGUGUGUGUGUGUGUGUGUGUGUGUGUGUGUGUGUGUGUGUGUCUCAUCUUCAGGGUCACUGUUGACCCGUGUCAUGAUCAGUGAUAUUAGGUCUUAACCAUGUAAAUGCAAACAUGACCGUGAAUAUCUGCUUUGCUCUGAAACGCUGGUAGUUAAAAUCUGCACAUUCCUGUUUAUUAUUCACUGUAUGUCACUCUUCAUCUUGGUGUGUGCACUAAUGUGUUAUUGUUAUUAUGAUCUCUUUAAUAAAUGAGUCUGUUUAGGAAGAGUGUUUUGUCAGU